CCAAUCAAAUAUCUUGUAUCUCCACUAUCCUUACAACAAAUAUGUCGGCGCCCUUCGAUAAACAAAAGCGACCGAAGGUUGGCGUCGGGGUAUUUGUAACAAGUAAAGCUCAUCCGGGGUGUGUUUUACUUGGGAAGCGGAAAGGGUCUUCCCCUGGCGAAGGACAGUAUGCUCUUCCUGGCGGACAUCUCGAGUUUGGAGAAAGUUGGGUGGACUGUGCUGACCGUGAAGUUCAGGAAGAGACUGGACUCAAACUGACCAAUGUACAGUAUUGUACUACUGUUAAUGCAGUUGAAGUAAAAAAUGACUAUCACUACAUCACUGUGUUUAUGAGAGGGGAACCAGCUUCUGCUAAUUUGGAGCCAGAAAACUUGGAACCAGAUAAAUGUGAAGGAUGGACCUGGUGUAAAUGGGAUAAGUUUCCACAAUUGGAGUCGCUGUUCUGCCCUUUAAGAGUUCUUCGAAAUCAAGGCUAUGACCCUUUCAAAUGACAGUACAAUAGCCAUACUUCAAUUGCAAAUUCCUAAAAGAGGGGCAAUCGAAUGACCGAAUUGUUAGAGGCCGAGAGUAUCACGAACUUUAAAAUAUAUUAAAGAUUAUAUAUAUAUAACUAUGUGCUUAGUAUCGACAAGCCUUGCAGUAUUACAGUUUUGGAGACAUUCUUGUACGAGAAGUGUAAACAUACUGAAAAAUAAAAGUUUCUGUAAUUUUGA